AAGUUUUUCUGAGAGUCCAGGUUGAGGACCGUGAGAGCAGAUCGUCAAAUCAGUGUUCAAUGUCAUUGAGACAGCUGGCGUAUGAUAUCUUAAGCGAUGAAGGAAGAAACAUGAAGAAGGUCGAAGAAUGGGAUAGAGAGGGCAUUGCAGUUAAGCACACAGAUAUUAAGCCUUACAAUGAUGGGGUCCCUUCGUUGAGCUCUAUUCCAAGCCUUGAUCUUCAAAAGAGAUUGACGUUGUUCUUGGAUGCGCUUGAUUCAGACACAGCUUACGUGGAGUCAUUACCAAAAGAGCUCGCGUUAGUCGCAUCAUCACUACGUUUUCUCCUUCGCAACGCGCAACCACCCCUGGAGACAAGCCAUCUGUCUGCUAUACUUUGCAGUUGUGUCCAAUUAGAGGACGGCUCGUGGAAACAAUAUCUAGAACAACCAAGAAAAUAUAGAUCUCAACCCUUCGAUGAGAGAGCAGCGCAAAGCUUCUGUCAAUGGCAGUGUGUUUUGAGAGAUGUCAUUAAUCUAAACUUCGUUUUGUCUGAGCCUUUACAGACACCGUGUAUUCAUAAGACUUUCAAUGGUCGACUAGCGCAUUGCCUCCAAGAUGAACUGAAUGAAGGUCAUAACCCAGAAACCUUACUAUGUUCUCCAAGCAGUCUUUCGCGAUAUAAGGAGCUUUACACUGCGAUUACAGAGCGGGAAGGCGAUGUUGCUGCCAGAAUGCAAAGCUUGCGCUUGCAUUGACCAAGAAUGAACUACAGUGGAAGCCCUGCAAUAAGAAAAAUCUCUUAGAAGCGACCUCCCAGCCACCAGGUGAGGUAUCACCACCUUAGGAGGGCAGCGCCCAAAAAACACCUUCAGCCCUUUAGAGCUCAAGCACAGUGACAGUGGCGUCUUAAGAUCUACUGGUUGAUUGACAAAGGGAAACCAUACCAAAAUUACAGGUUACCCUCCACAAUCACAGAGGGGAGUUCUUCGAUGUUCCUGAUCCGCCUCUCGCUCAAUAAACGAAAGCAAGGAAUUUGCAUCUUCAACCUGUUCUGUUUUCCUCCAGAAAAGAAAAAGAAACGAGGGGUCUGCGGACAGCGCCAAAUACUAACCGUGCAACAACUUCCUGACUUUUGUGGAUCUUAGUUUGAAAUUUUUGACAUCCCACUGCCCUUUAAAAAGUUUGUUUACUUUUUUCUUUUCUUUUUCAGUCAUAAAAUUCAUACAAACAUUUUUUGAGAAGUUUUAGCAUAAUGAUUUAAUCAGUCCCUGAAGGUUAAGUGGACGAAAUAGAAGUAAAGACUUAUAAUUCCGCUUUUGUCCGCUGCAGUGCCUGUGUUCUAAAUUUAUCUUUUAAUAGUUUACAAUAUUG